GGUGUGUGUAUAUGCGUGUGCGUGUGCGCGUGGGAGAGAGAGGAAGGGAGAGGGCGAGACGAAAACCCGACCAGCCCGGACAAUGCCACCUCUCGUUUAAAGCUUUCAAACUGCUAUUCUUCCCCCUCCCUGCCAGCCCCCCCGUUAUCGCAGUACCAAGUAAUCUGUCUUUCCUCCACCCCAACCCCCCUCCCUCCUCGUGGAAGAUAUGGGAGAGAAAGAUAAAGCGACUGCCGCCGGGCUCUGAGUGCGCGCAGCCCGCGCGCCGCGGUGCCACAGCGGGCUGCACUCCGCAGCCGCCCUCCGCAACGCAUCGCUUGCAGCGGGAUGGGACGCAACUCCUCGUAAUUGGAGCGCAGGCUUAAGUGAUAAUUGGGUAUCUUGUUAGCAGCACAGAAUGAAUAACUCAACGUACAUAAACUCUUCCACUGAAAAUGUGAUGGCUCUGGAGAGUCCCUAUAAAACUGUUGAGGUGGUCUUCAUCGUUCUGGUAGCAGGGUCUCUCAGUCUAGUCACCAUAAUUGGGAACAUCCUGGUCAUGGUGUCAAUCAAAGUCAACAGGCACCUGCAGACUGUCAACAACUAUUUUCUGUUCAGCUUGGCAUGCGCUGACUUGAUCAUCGGCGUCUUCUCCAUGAACCUAUAUACCCUUUACACUGUGAUAGGCUACUGGCCAUUAGGGCCUGUGGUGUGUGACCUCUGGCUGGCUCUUGACUAUGUGGUCAGCAAUGCCUCCGUAAUGAACCUUCUCAUUAUCAGCUUUGACAGAUAUUUCUGUGUCACCAAGCCUCUGACAUACCCUGUAAAGAGGACCACUAAGAUGGCAGGCAUGAUGAUCGCAGCUGCUUGGGUGCUCUCCUUCAUCCUGUGGGCCCCUGCAAUUCUCUUCUGGCAGUUCAUUGUGGGGGGAAGGACCGUCCCAGAUGGGGAUUGCUACAUCCAGUUUUUUUCCAAUGCUGCAGUCACUUUUGGCACUGCCAUUGCAGCCUUCUAUUUGCCUGUUAUCAUCAUGACUGUCCUUUACUGGCAAAUCUCUCGAGCCAGCAAGAGUCGGAUAAAAAAAGGGAAAAAGGAAGCUGUCCAAAACCAGGAUCCAGUUUCCCCCAGCCUUGUUCAAGGUAAAAUAGUGAAACCAAACAAUAACAACAUCUCAACCAGUGGGGAUGGGUUGGAGCACAGCAAAAUCCAGAAUGGAAAAACCACUGGAGAGACUGUGACGGAGAACUGUGUUCAAGGGGAGGAGAAGGAGAGCUCCAACGACUCCACCUCUGUCAGUGUUGUCGCCUCCAACACGAAAGAGGAUGAAGCUGUCAAAGAGGCCAACCAGGUUUCUGCCUCCCAGGACCAUCUCAAAGUGGAGAACUCCAAGCUGACGUGCAUCAGGAUAGUCACCAAGUCACAAAAGGGUGACUGCUGUGCAUCCACCAACACAACCGUGGAGAUUGUAGGCACCAACGGGGAGGAGAAGCAAAACAGUGUAGCCCGGAAGAUUGUCAAGAUGACAAAGCAGCCAGCCAAAAAGAAACUGCCUCCUUCUAGAGAAAAAAAAGUGACAAGGACUAUUUUGGCCAUUCUCCUGGCCUUCAUCAUCACCUGGACCCCAUACAAUGUGAUGGUGCUCAUCAACAGCUUCUGCACAUCCUGCAUCCCCGGUACCGUAUGGACUAUAGGUUACUGGCUCUGUUAUAUCAACAGUACCAUCAACCCUGCUUGUUAUGCUCUCUGCAAUGCUACUUUCAAGAAGACCUUUAAGCACCUUCUUAUGUGUCAUUACAAGAAUAUAGGAGCUACAAGGUAAAAAUAAUAAUAAUAAUAAAAAUUAAUAACAGAAAGGGUGAAGAAGUUCCAAGCUGAAUAAAAAAACAAUGCCACAGCACUUUAUGCUCCACUGUGGAAUGUGCAAUCCAGGAUGUUAGUGGAAAUACUGACAUGGGGCAUCAGCUCCAUCCCUGAGAACUACACUAAAAACCAUUUUUUAAUUAUUGUCAAUAAAUCUUGAGGACAUGGGGAUGAUAUGAGGAGUUAUUCAAGUAUGUGGACUGGAGGCACAGUUCCUUGCUUUCUGAGAGUAUUCUGCAGAAGGGCUUUAGAGUCUAUAACUAUUUUUUUCCUACAUCUAUUUAAUAUGUCUUCAUCUGGGGGGGUGGGGAGGGAAGUGUAAGGGAAUUUUAACAAUAACAGUGUGGAAGAGUCAUCAGGGUUUAGAAGGACUUUGGACCGUUCAAAUGAAUUAUAGUAGAAGGUUUCCAAAGCUUAAAGCUGACUAAAUUAAUUUGUCACUCUCGUGUAAGAACCUUAAUGUUAGGCAAAUCAUGGUGAUGGUUGUUUUAUGAUGUUUAUGAUACUCCCAUUUCCAAAACUGCAUUGGUUCUGAAAGUGUAUUUCCACCCAAAAUGUAACCAUUGCCAAUCUGUUUAUUAUUCAAAAAUCUGACAGUUCUCCAUUUCUAAGGAGCUCUGUCUCAUGAUCUCUUCACCAAGUCAGGAUAAAAGUGAAAAACGCAGUUGUUCCCAGAUUGCUACACCCUAAGACUGUUUCAGCAUCCAUGUAGGCCCAAGCCUUAGGGACAAUUUUGUUUAUUUUGUCUUUUAUGUAACACCCCCCUAUGGAUUUGUCUUUUUCCUCCAUCAGCCUUUUCUUCCUUUCUAUACCUUACUUGUCCAGGGCACAAGAGCUGAAUAUCAAAAGACAACGUAAAUUCGAAGGUCUCAUCAAAUCAGCCACCACGAUGGCCAGAUUAAGGGCCUCAGCUGAGGACUAGAAACCAAAGGUUAUUACUAGGAAAAUGGAGGUUACAUCCUUCUAACGCUGGAUAUGCAGGUGAAGAGAUAUGCUGAGGCACCACAGAGUGAAGAGUUAAUACCACAUGACUAUGCUUUUGGCCAGCCAACAGAGGAUCCAUACUGAUUUAUUGAGGCAGAGGAAGAGAAUAACAGGGACUGGUGUGUUCACAUGAGACUAGCUCUGCCUAAGCCCCUACCACAAAACCGGUGUCCUUCCUAGGUAUAUUCCGGACAAGAGGUUUGCUCUGUGGAAAAGAUAUUGGCUAGGUUACCUUGUGCCAGCUGGCAGCAAUAUUUUCACUGUAUGCCAAAGGAUAAUAGUAAUAAAAGGGGAGGGGGGAAAACAGUGGUUAUACAAAACCAGAUUCGGAAAUAGCCUGGAUGGGGGCCGGUGGGGGUUAAGUUCCAGAUAUUAUCUGCUACUCUGCACCAGCUCAAAUUCAGAUUCUUUCUGCCUGGUGAAGAAUUUACUAUCUCAGUAUUUGAUAUUUACUGUAGCACAACUAAGCACUGUGUGGAUUGGAUAAAGUGUAUCAAAUUACUGAAAAUAGCUAUCCUCUGUGAGUUUUGCAUAUUCCAGUUACCGCCUACUUCAUAACUCUAACUUCCAGAUGAUAAUGAAGGUACACCCAUGGAUUUUGUUUUCCAAAAAGUAGCUUGCUGCAUCGACAGUCUCCUGAGGGAUUGUCUUCUGGAGUGAAAGCCACCUACCAAAUGGAACACCAAAUCAUCCUAUUGUUUCAUACCACCAUAUUAGAGUCUUCCAAAAUGCACUUCAAAAUAGCAGCUUUUUGGAUUAUGAGGAAAUUAAUCUUUCAUAUGCAAGUUUUACCUUUUUAGAAGCUUAUUGGAACUGAGUGUCAAAGCAUUUUGGCAAUAUGACAAUUUUCAUGUUUCAAGGUACAAGUUCCUGGCAGAAAGGGAAAAUGAGGAGGAUUAAACUGCAGUAAAUUAAGGCCAUAUUAAACCUGGCAUUAAUAUGUCUUAAUAUGCAUUCAUUAACACCCCUAGUGAUUUCAUCCUAAUAUAUCUAAGUGUCCCCCAUGCAGCCAAGGAUCUAAUUUUGCAAUCCUCACUCACCUUGAAGCAUAUUUACUAUCACAAGUUUCAUCUUCCCGCUUGUAAGGAAGAACUACUCAAUGAUAAGGCUUGCAAAACUAAGCGCUGUGUGUCUUUCAAAACUACAUUCCCUAGGCUUAUCUUGGCAGCUCAAAGGAAAGACUUAUAUGAUCAUUUCUAUAUCAUUUAUUCUCUUAAAGUGCUGAAAAUCCAGAUAAAAGUCAAAGAUAAAAUGAAAUCUGUUCAUUUUCUAAAUCUUAUUUAUUUAGAAAAGUUUUCUGAAAGAAACCCAGCUGCUCUUUCUUUCAGCAGUAGUACAGAUUCCCAAAGUGGGGAAGAUUAAUUUGUAUAUUCUUAUAAACCACCUUUUAACUUCAGUUUUCCAGCAGGUGUACAAAUGCUUUAUUCUGACCUUUGAAGCUAGCACUUGUUCAUGAAUUGCGAAUUCCCCUAACAGCUAAGGGCACAUACACAGGUUAAGUGCAAGCUACAGGCUGCAAUUACGCCUGCUCUCCGCUGUGCUCCCGGCAGCCCCCUGUCGCCCCCUUGCCCCUCAAAGCCUCCAGUCAGCUGUUUCAUACCACGGAUGGCAAAAGGAUCCCAGCUGCACUUCCACCUUGUAUACCAGGCUGGCAGUUGUCAUUUCCCACACAAAUUGAGCAAACUGUGCAGGUAAUUCAUGGAUUGAAAAAACAAACAACCAAAACCUGCAGUGAGCACAUCUUGCCUUCCCCUUUUCUUCUUCUUUAUUAAUCAUUUCCAGAAAGGGGCUAGAACUGAAGAGGUCUUACCCUUUACAGUAGCCCAGCUACAGCAGGAUCUGUCAUGCUGACAGCCCUGUGGGGGAUGACUUGUACUGUCACAGGCCAUCCCUACCUUUAUUCUCUAAAGAGAAGGCAACAGCCUGCAGAUGUGUCAAUCUGAAUGGCAUCUUCUGUGAGUACUGAAGUCAUCUGUGGUUAAAAAAAGGGGGGAAAAAAAGAGAUAUAACAAUUGUCAGCUGAAGUAAUAUUGAGAAAUCUAUUCUCCAGUGAGUACAAAACCUAUGGAAAAUAUCUGCUAGCUUUCUGUCUGGGAUUUUCUCUUGAUUUUUAGGAAUCAUGAGGGUCCAUUUGGAGAUAUCACAGAGUUCAAACAUUGCUUGAUGAAAAAUAGUCCAAAGCCAAAAAAAAAUCAGUAAAGUCCAGAUUUCUUUUUUUCUUUUUUUCUUUUUUUUUGCCUCACAAGUGCUCAUGGGAACUGGAAUGUUCAAACUGACCCCCAGGAGCAGUUGUUUGGUAUCCACAGAGCCUGACGGGGUCAAAAGCAACUGCUAAGUCUAUCAGCUGGCUGUUUUAUGUUUUGCUCAUGGAGGAAAAUGUAUUGACAGAGGAGGCGUCUUUAGCCAGGGUGGCUGGAGCAUGAGCAGCCUGCAUAACCCCACGGGGCAGCAAGGAAAUGCUGCUGCUUCCCAGGCAUCCCAGCCAGGACAGGGGUAAAUAGUCAGCUGGGUGUGGAGGGGAAGGACCUUUCCUGCUGUUUCUUCUGCUCGGUCUGAACAUGCCCCCAUGUCUCCUCUGCCACUGGGCAUGCUGGCAGGUAGUGAGUCUGGAGUCUAACAGCCUUCGAUAUUUUUAAAGAUCUCCUCUUAGAUGGCUCUGUACUCACAGCCUGCUGUAGUGCAAAUGGUAGAAAACAAGAAGCUAUAAAGAGGCAAUCUUCUCUUUCCUCCCUUGGGUCUACAGAUGUUUUAUGCCACAUGUCUAGAGACACUUGCUGUGGACAUGAUUUCUAUAUAAUAUCCCAUUUAUUGUUCCUGUAGAUCACGAAAAGCUCUAUACUUCUAAGAAUCCUUUCUUUUUUAAAUUAUAGAAAAUCUUUCCCUGGAGGAAGUUGAUAGAUGGUCCUUAAUUUGUCUUGGCUUCCUUUCUUGUUUCUCUGCCUGCCUUCCCUCUUUUGUCAGUGUCUUUGACAAAAAGCUUUCUUUUUCCCUCACUUUAACAAGUAUCUGUUGCCCGUGUUUUAGUGACAGGUGUGCAGUUUCUCUUGCCUUUCAGGCAUUGUGAGAGCUGGCAUUCGAACACUUUAACCCCAGCAAAAGUAUUGCCUUCUCUAACAUGCAAAUCACCUCCACUGAAGUCAAAACUUUUCUGUGAAGUGAGAAGACUCAUAAAUCCUUUCUGCAUGGGUUGUAAGGAAAAAAAACGUACAUGAAACAAAGCCAAAGCAAUUCACUUCCCUUCCCAAUUGUAAAUAAGCCAUCUACAAAUAAGAAACAAGAGUAGAUAAUGGUAAAGAGUGAAUAUUCUUGUGGUGGAGUAUCACGCAGCAAAAUGCACAGAUUUAUUUUAUACCUCAUGCAGUCAGUCAGGCAGUCCUUCAUUCCCUUGAACUCCCUCUUAUUCCAAAGGGUACUAGCAGAGCAUUCACCAAGAAACCAAGCCUAAGUUUGUAAUUAUAGCAAGGCUGAGCUGGACAUGAAUCAUUUACCACAACAAAUGCAAUUAUUUCUCCUCUAUUUUUAUUUCCCUUCUUUUGCUACAACCUCCUUUUCUGCAUUAUAGAACUAGUGUGUUACACCCGUGUGCUGGUCCUCCCAGGUCUCAUAUUUCAGGAUAGCUGACAGGUUUGUUAUUCACGUUUUAUUACAGCAUUAACUGAAUAACGGGAAACAAAUUCUGGCAUGUUUUCCCCCUCCAAGACUGUGGAUAACCUGAAAAGUGACAUUGGGUUACUUUUCCUUUUUCAGACAACACUUGCAAAGAAGCACAUAGAAACUCUGUUCCUUUAGAUGCCCCAAGGUGCUCUGACUCUCUGGGAGAACUGGGUAUCGGUGGUAUUUGAUGCUGGAUUAAUGCAGUGUACAUUCAAGAGGCCUUCAGAAGGAAGGCAUUUCUCUGAGUGUUUCCAUGCUCGCUCAGACUGUUUCACUGCCAGCACUGAAGAAAGCACAGGGGGAUGAGCCCGGCGUGCCCCAGCCCCCUAAAGGGACAGACAGGUCAUGGCUGGGUUUCUUUUCCGCUUCCCCUAGCUCAUCCAGGCAGCAGAGGGGGAAGACCUCUGCUGGUGGCUCUGUCCCUGCACCCAAAGACAGCCCUUCUCCAAAGCACAUCGCCGUCGUACUGGUGAUAGUAAUAACAAUAAUAAUGCUGAGAGAAGGCCAUGGCUGCCAAAAACAGACCUUCUUAUACCUUAUCCCUUAAUUCUGGUGCCACUUUGAGGAGGUGGUUGGUAAGUUAGAGACUAGUAGUCUGUAAAUACCUUUAGACAGUGUGUUUUAACAUGACCAACAGCAUAUCCUGACUAUGUACAGAAAUAAUACAUUAUGUGUAAUACUAUCGAGAUACGAUUAUAAUGUAAAUAUAUCUACAAUGAAUGUCCAACUACUCUUCAAGCUGUAUCUACGAGGAAGGACCUCAUCUCUUCUUGAGACUUUUUUUAACUUAAAGGUAUGUAAAACCUGUUAUUUAUUUAUAUGAAAACAACUGCAUUCUUUUCUUCAAAAGAAAAUGCUACCGCAAGGAAAAAGGGAAUGCAAUUACAUGUACGUGAUAUCCAAAAUCAUAUUACAAUGCGACCAGACUGGAAACCAAGGAUGUCACAAAUUGGGGACUGAUCAAAUUCUUGAUGCAGUACAUUUGAUCUCAUAUAAAUAAGAUAAGCACAAGUUUAUGGUUGGCUGUGUAAAGCUGACUCACUAGAUUAUAUAUACAUUAUAGAUAUAUAUUUAUAUAUACUGUAUAGAUAUAUACAUAUUAUACACAGCAUUCAUACAGUGAAAGCAAAGUUUGAUAAAGUCAUAUUAACUGGGAAUCUGGAUGUAAUGUUGUGCUCCAUUUGGAGGAAAAAUGUCUGUGUUAUUCAGCAACUUUUGAACGUGUUAUGAAGGAUGAAAAAGAAAGGUGUGUCACCAAAACAAUUCAUGAAGGACUAAGAUAAUGAGGGUUUGAAACAUCUUCAAGACACAACUAAAAUUACAUGCAAUAUAUGUGUAUGUACUUCCGCUGAGUUGUAUUCCUAGUUAAAGCAUUGCAUUAAGCCGCAAAUUAUAACAAUAAUAAAAAUGUUUUUGU